GUUCGUGUGCUGGGUUAAUUCGGCCCGAUUGUCAGUCUUUGUGUGUUCGCUCUUCGAUCUUCUAGUAGCUGUGAAAAAAUUUACUAAAAACAUUUAAUUAUUAUUUAAACAGGGAACACACAUUCGAUUUGGCAAGAAUAAACGUGAAAAUUACUAGUACACACGUUUGAAAUCGCAAAUAGCUAACCAAUAUGGCUGACGUAAUGAACAUUGACAGCAUCAUAUCGCGAUUGUUGGAGGUGCGUGGGGCAAGGCCUGGAAAGAAUGUACAAUUAUCGGAGAGCGAAAUUCGCGGCCUGUGUCUUAAGUCGCGCGAGAUAUUUCUAUCGCAGCCCAUUUUGCUUGAGUUAGAGGCACCAUUAAAGAUCUGCGGUGAUAUUCACGGCCAGUAUUACGAUUUGCUGCGCCUCUUCGAAUAUGGCGGCUUUCCUCCAGAAUCCAACUACUUAUUUUUGGGAGAUUACGUUGAUCGUGGCAAGCAGUCGCUGGAAACGAUUUGCCUACUUUUGGCAUACAAGAUUAAGUACUCUGAGAACUUCUUCCUGUUGCGUGGAAAUCACGAAUGCGCCAGCAUCAAUCGCAUCUACGGAUUUUAUGACGAGUGCAAACGUCGCUACACCAUAAAAUUAUGGAAAACAUUCACGGACUGUUUCAAUUGUUUGCCAGUUGCUGCUAUCGUUGACGAGAAAAUAUUUUGCUGCCAUGGUGGUCUCAGCCCUGAUUUGUCAUCAAUGGAGCAAAUUCGACGUAUAAUGAGACCUACCGACGUCCCUGAUCAGGGGUUGCUUUGCGAUUUGCUAUGGUCGGACCCAGACAAGGAUACAAUGGGCUGGGGUGAAAACGAUCGUGGCGUAAGUUUCACGUUUGGCGCUGAAGUGGUUGGUAAAUUCCUGCAAAAGCAUGACUUCGAUUUGAUUUGCCGUGCACAUCAGGUGGUCGAGGAUGGGUACGAGUUCUUUGCUAAACGGCAGUUGGUCACGCUGUUUUCAGCACCCAACUAUUGCGGCGAGUUUGACAAUGCUGGCGCUAUGAUGUCUGUGGAUGACACGUUGAUGUGCUCCUUCCAGAUAUUGAAACCGGCAGAUAAACGUAAAAAAUAAGCCGAAAAAAAAUCGCUGCAAGUGCACUAAUAAAAAACAUCAACAACUACACGCUCUAAUCAUAUGUCUAAACAAAACUUCAACAACAGCAAACACAAGACGAAAUAUUUGUUAGAAAACUUAUUUGAAUUAAAAAAUCAAAGGAAGAGAAAGGAAAUCAACCAGAUUUAGAGAUAUGAAGCCAAGGGAAAUACAAUAAAGCAGACGAGACGAAAAAAUUAAAAUAAUAAGUUAAAAAAAAACAUAAAAUUAACAAAAAUACAUUUUCUUAAAUUUACUUAAAUGUAACAUUAUGUCCAAGUUUGUAACUUAUUAGAAACUUGCAUGAAUAAAUCAACAACAAACGGUUUGACAAUUGCCCUCAUUUCGGCCGGUCACUCUAGAUCGGAUUGAGUUAAAGCCUUGCUAACCAUUUAAUGGUAAACCAUUGUUAUUGUAUGCAAACAUUUGUGAAAUUUAAAUCAUAAGUAUUUGAAUUUGAAAGAUAUUCUAAAUUUAUUGUUUCGAACUCUUCACUGUACUGAUAUAAAUUCCAAAAGGUAAUCACAAAAAAAAAACAGCUGCAAUUACUUGAACCGUGUGAAGAAUUUUGUUUAACCAAGUUUUAGUUAAAUUGAUGUCUCGUCUUAAUUAACGCCAUGAUGUUUAUUAACACGCCGCUUAAAAUUCCAGAUUGCAAAAUUUUAUUAUUCUUGUGACUUUCUGGUACUCAUUUUAUAACUCUAUUGCUUCCCGUAAAGGCCCGUAAAGGGGAAACAAAAUCCACAGAAAUUUAUAAAGUUAACGUAAAAAAAAAAAUAUUUUUACAUUUCGAUUAUUAAAUACUUUAUACUUUCGGAUUAAGUUUAAUAAUUUCUGUUUAAAAUCUUGUCAUGAACAAUAGACCCUUAAAGUAAGAUGUUUCAUAUAAACACAUAUAUGCAUACUAUUAUUAAUCGAGAUCUGUAUUAUUAAAAAUCCUUUGUAUGUAUUAAUACCUAGAUACAUUAUAUACAACUUAUCAAAAUGAAUUAAAUAAAUAUUUGGCGUAACUA